AUGUAUUUCACAUUCAACAAACUCUACGUCCUGUCUGGUUUCGCUUGCGCUCUCAGCGCACUCGCCCAGACGUCCGUCGAGCGCGCAGGAUCGUCGCUCGACCCUACCAAGAUCUCUACUGGUGAUUUUGUCAUCUCUUUGCUUGGAAUAUCAGUUUCUACUGUCCCGAGCGCUGAUGAAACGGUCGCCACUUCCAUGUCCAUUCCUGCUAUCUUCUCUUCUCUCGGCAUCCAGCACGACCAUCCCAGCCCACCUGGCAUGAUCGCGUCCGUGCCGAUCGACAUUGAGGAAAUGUACUCCUCAGAUUUUUGUACGUCGACUCCAAGCGCGCAGGUCGCUGCAUGGACGUCAGUAGCCGUCAAAAUGAUCCGCAUCCACCCUUGUUCGACCACGGUACCAACCACCGCUACAAUAGAGUCGACCUAUAGCGCAAAUAUGGCACCCAGUGAGCAAGUUUCAUCUACUAUCAUCACUUCCAAUGUACCCUUGCCCACUCCACUCGCUUCAACCUUGAACACCCGCACCAUCGCCAAUGAGCACGCCGACACCGUGCAAGCAACAGAUCCAUCACCAUCGUCUACAUUGACACUUGUCAGCAACUCUUUUCUUCCUGUCCCAACCGCGACGUCGUUCCCGACCGACGGCCAAUCUGAGGAUUCCGAAGACGAUGGCGAUGGCUCCAAACGCCCAUUUCCCACCGUGGCGAUUAUCUCCCUCAUUCUAAUUGGUCUUGGCCUGGGCGCAUGGGGCUGCAAGGUUCUCUACCGGAAAUGGCAGCGGCGCUGCUAUCGAAGGGCGAGAAGGAGAAACAAGGAAACGACUCGUUAUAGACGCGAUCGGACCAUAAAAUGGAUCUCAGACCAGGCAUAUUUCGUUGGAUACGACCCAGAAGCGGCAUGGAGCGACGAGGAUAUCGUAUACGACGACGACGAAUCGGCUCUCUCUCAACGUCAUACGAUCAUCGAAUGGAUAUUCGUCGAGUCACAAGUCCCUGGGAUUAACUACUCCUCGUGGCUUGCGUCUUUAGGCCCUGUUCCGGUACCACCACGAAUGCCUGAACCAGUCGUGGCGCGACGCACGCGCACGAGCGCCAUUCGUCGCUCGCCCAUCUUGCCAUCCGAUGCAAACUUUGAGGUGCGCCAAUUAGAUGAAUAUCCUGAUGACAAGUUGCCCAAGGGCUCCGCGCGCUACACGCCGACGGUUCAGGAGAAAGCGCACUUGAUUUGA